AUGCUCCCCUCAUGUGCCGGGGCCUUCAUCCUGAGCCCCGAGCUCAAGCUGCCUGAGCUGAGCUGGCUCUGCGGGAGGACCCAGUGUCCUGUGUCUGCCACGAUUCUGUUUUAUUUUGAUAUUGUUUUUACUACCAUUUUCACCAUUGAAAUUGCUCUGAAGAUGACUGCUUAUGGGGCUUUCCUGCACAAGGGCUCUUUCUGCCGGAACUACUUCAACAUCUUGGACCUGCUGGUGGUCAGCGUGUCCCUGAUCUCCUUUGGCAUCCAGUCCAGUGCAAUCAACGUUGUGAAGAUCUUGCGAGUUCUGCGGGUACUUAGGCCCCUGAGGGCCAUCAACAGGGCCAAGGGAUUAAAGCACGUGGUCCAGUGUGUGUUCGUCGCCAUCCGGACCAUCGGGAACAUUGUGAUCGUCACCACGCUGCUGCAGUUCAUGUUCGCCUGCAUCGGGGUCCAGCUCUUCAAGGGGAAGCUCUACACCUGUUCAGACAGUUCCAAGCAGACUGAGGCAGAAUGCAAGGGCAACUACAUCACAUACAAAGACGGGGAGGUGGACCACCCCAUCAUCCAGCCGCGCAGCUGGGAGAACAGCAAGUUUGACUUUGACAAUGUGCUGGCGGCUAUGAUGGCCCUCUUCACCGUGUCCACCUUUGAGGGGUGGCCAGAGCUGCUGUACCGCUCCAUCGACUCCCACACAGAGGACAAGGGCCCCAUCUACAACUACCGCGUGGAGAUCUCCAUCUUCUUCAUCAUCUACAUCAUCAUCAUCGCCUUCUUCAUGAUGAACAUCUUCGUGGGUUUCGUCAUCGUCACCUUCCAGGAGCAGGGAGAACAGGAGUACAAGAACUGUGAGCUGGACAAGAACCAGCGACAGUGUGUGGAAUACGCCCUCAAGGCCCGGCCCCUGCGGCGGUACAUCCCCAAAAACCAGCACCAAUACAAAGUGUGGUACGUGGUGAACUCCACCUACUUUGAGUACCUGAUGUUCGUCCUCAUCCUGCUCAACACCAUCUGCUUGGCCAUGCAGCACUAUGGCCAGAGCUGCCUGUUCAAAAUCGCCAUGAACAUCCUCAACAUGCUCUUCACUGGCCUCUUCACGGUGGAGAUGGUUCUGAAGCUCAUUGCCUUCAAACCCAAGGGUUACUUUAGUGAUCCCUGGAAUGUUUUUGACUUCCUCAUCGUAAUUGGCAGCAUAAUUGACGUCAUUCUCAGUGAGACUAAUCCAGCUGAACAUACCCAAUGUUCUCCCUCUAUGAAUGCAGAGGAGAACUCCCGCAUCUCCAUCACCUUCUUCCGCCUCUUCCGGGUCAUGCGACUAGUGAAGCUGCUGAGCCGUGGCGAGGGCAUCCGGACGCUGCUGUGGACCUUCAUCAAGUCCUUCCAGGCCCUGCCCUACGUGGCCCUCCUGAUAGUGAUGCUGUUCUUCAUCUACGCUGUGAUCGGCAUGCAGGUGUUUGGGAAGAUUGCCCUGAAUGACACCACAGAGAUCAACCGGAACAACAACUUUCAGACCUUCCCCCAAGCUGUGCUGCUCCUGUUCAGGUGUGCCACAGGGGAGGCCUGGCAGGACAUCAUGCUGGCCUGCAUGCCAGGCAAGAAGUGUGCUCCAGAGUCGGAACCCAGCAACAGCACGGAAGGGGAAACCCCCUGUGGCAGCAGCUUUGCCGUCUUCUACUUCAUCAGCUUCUACAUGCUCUGUGCCUUCCUGAUCAUCAACCUCUUUGUUGCUGUCAUCAUGGACAACUUUGACUACCUGACAAGAGACUGGUCAAUCCUUGGUCCACACCAUCUGGAUGAAUUUAAAAGAAUCUGGGCAGAGUAUGACCCCGAAGCCAAGGGUCGUAUCAAACACCUGGAUGUAGUGACCCUCUUACGGCGGAUUCAGCCCCCACUGGGCUUUGGGAAGCUGUGCCCUCAUCGUGUGGCUUGCAAACGCCUGGUCUCCAUGAACAUGCCUCUGAACAGCGACGGGACAGUCAUGUUCAAUGCCACCCUGUUUGCCCUGGUCAGGACGGCACUGAGAAUCAAAACGGAAGGGAACCUAGAGCAAGCCAAUGAGGAGUUGCGGGCCAUAAUCAAGAAGAUCUGGAAGCGGACCAGCAUGAAGCUGCUGGACCAGGUGGUGCCCCCUGCAGGUGAUGAUGAGGUCACAGUUGGCAAGUUCUACGCUACGUUCCUCAUCCAAGAGUAUUUCCGGAAAUUCAAGAAGCGCAAAGAGCAGGGGCUUGUGGGCAAGCCGUCCCAGAGGAACGCUCUGUCCCUACAGGCUGGUUUGCGCACCUUGCAUGACAUCGGGCCUGAAAUCCGACGGGCCAUUUCUGGAGACCUGACGGCUGAGGAGGAGCUGGACAAGGCCAUGAAGGAGGCUGUGUCUGCUGCCUCUGAAGACGACAUCUUCAGGAGGGCCGGUGGCCUGUUCGGCAACCACGUUACCUACUACCAAAGCGACGGCCGGAGCGCCUUUCCUCAGACCUUCACCACCCAGCGCCCACUGCACAUCAACAAGGCGGGUAACAACCAAGGAGACACCGAGUCGCCAUCCCACGAGAAACUGGUGGACUCCACUUUCACCCCCAGCAGCUACUCAUCCACUGGUUCCAAUGCCAACAUCAACAAUGCCAACAACACCGCCCUGGGCCGCUUCCCCCGCCCCUCCGGCUACCCCAGCACAGUCAGCACGGUGGAGGGCCAUGGGCCACCCUUGUCCCCUGCUGUCCGGGUGCAGGAGGCAGCAUGGAAGCUCAGCUCCAAGAGGUGCCACUCGAGAGAGAGCCAGAUAGCCACGGUGUGUCCAGAAGAGGCAUCCCAGGAUGAGCCCCGGGAAGUGAAGAGGAACGAAGAUGCAGAGUACUGCAGCGAGCCCAGUCUGCUCUCCACGGAGAUGAUCUCCUACCAGGAUGAUGAAAAUCGACAACUGACACCCCCAGAGGAGGACAAGAGGGACCUCCGGCAGUCUCCAAAGAGGGGCUUCCUUCGCUCUGCUUCACUAGGUCGAAGGGCCUCCUUCCACCUGGAAUGUCUGAAGCGACAGAAGAAUCAGGGAGGAGACAUCUCUCAGAAGACAGUCCUGCCCCUGCAUCUGGUUCAUCAUCAGGCACUGGCGGUGGCGGGUCUGAGUCCUCUCCUGCAGAGAAGCCAUCCCCCAGCUACAUCCCCCAGGCUGUCUGCCACGACCCCUGCUACCCCUGGCAGCAGAGGCUGGCUCCCGCAGCCCAUCCCCACCCUGAGGCUGGAGGGGACCGAGUCCAGUGAGAAGCUCAACAGCAGCUUCCCGUCCAUCCACUGCAGUUCCUGGUCGGAGGAGGCCACCCCCAGUGGUGGGGGCAGCGAUGGUCGGAGAGCCAGGCCUGUGUCCCUCACUGUGCCCAGCCAAGCAGGGGUGCGGGGCCGGCAGCUGCAUGGCAGUGCCAGCAGCCUGGUGGAAGCGGUCUUGAUUUCAGAAGGACUCGGGCAGUUUGCUCAAGAUCCCAAGUUUAUCGAGGUCACCACCCAGGAGUUGGCUGACGCCUGCGACAUGACGAUAGAAGAGAUGGAGAGCGCGGCCGACAACAUCCUCAGUGGGGGCGCCCAACAGAGCCCCAACGGCACCCUGUUGCCCUUCGUUAACUGCAGGGACCCAGGGCAGGACCGAGCGGGGGGCGAAGAGCACGAGGGCUGUGCGCAUACCCUGGGGCGGUGCCCGAGUGAGGAGGAGCUCCAGGACGGCAGGGUCUACGCCGGCGGCCUGUAGUCGGGCGGGGAGACGCUGGGUUUUUUUUUAUCUGUCUCAGUGUCAUAAUGGUUCGUUUCAGAAGUGCCUCACUGUUCUCGUGACCUGGAGGUAACCGGAACAGCGUCUUCAUUCAUUUCUGUCUGGACGAGAUGCAGAGCUGGGUGGUGUGCAGAGCCCGCUUCCCAGGGGGAGGAGAAGCAGCACCCCGCGUGGUGUCACGGAGGGAGCAUGGCGAGGUGCGGCGGAGGAGAACCGCCUGCCCGCUCCUUGUACCCCAGGCCUGCGGAGGAGCCCACUGUCGCCUCUGGGCAUGGGAGAACCUCAGCGUCCUGCGCAGCCCUCACCAAAAGGACCCUCUAUCCAAACGGGUGUCUUUCAACUUUGCUUGUAAAAAAAAAAAAUCAUUUGCACAUAUUCUGUAUGAGCCUCACUGUCUCCAUAGAGCCAGGGCCCUGCGGAUCUGGAGAAAGGGAGCGGGCGAGACUGCCAGAGAGGAGCCCGCCCACCGCAGAGGGAAGAGGAGCAGCCAGGGGCACAGGAGCUCUGGACACAGGCGGGCCCGGGGAGAGGGACAGCGGGCUGCGUCAGUCAGACCCCGGCCGCCUCCGCCCGCCUGCACCUGCACCUGCGCCUGCGACAGAUCGCUCUGCACUAGCCACGCGGAGCUGGCACUGCCCGCAGGGAAGGGGCCGGCGCUGCACGGAUCGAGGUGGUGCUGUGCUCCUGUUGAGCGCUCUUUUGUUUGUGGUUUGACAUUUUUCUUGACAGCAUGUUGCAGUUUUUCGGAUUUUUUUGGGGGGGAUUUUUGUUUGUUUCUAAAAUUUUGUUUUUCCAAGGGGAGGGGAAGAAGAGGAGUGUUUACAAAGUUUUAUAGCGGCCCACCCUACAGUUUUCACUUCUGCAAAUGUAAAUGGGGUUUGGUUUUAUUGUAUUAUUUAAAUGGUUGUGGUUUCCUUUUUCCGCAGAGGGCUCAGUAGAAGCCCCUGCAGGGAAGGGUUUUACCGGCCAUUGUGUUAUGCCCAAUAAUUCGUUAUAAUUUCCUUAGGUAGACACACGUUUUUGUUCUGGUUUGGUUUUAUAAUUUAAAGGUAAUUGGCAAUGCACUUGAUACGGUCUUGCACAUGUGGGUGAUUGAGUUGGGUUCCUUUUUGUGGGGAUAUUGGGGGGUGCGAGAGAGAGGAGGCACGAAUGAGUCUCCAUAAGUGUGUGUGUGUCACGUGCAUAUGUGGUGGGUUGUCUGUGCCAGGCCGUUCCUGCGUCUACACACCACACAGUGUGCCCACGCGCACAGAUGAGCUAGCAGUUCCCUCUCUCUGGCUUGACUGUGGGGAGACCUGAAUCCGGGGCCAUUUGAAAGCAAAAACAAACCACUGUCUCUGCUUCUGAAACGGGAAUCAGUAACUCUUUGCAUUUUCUGUCCCACAAGAUAUGCAAAAACAAUGCAAUAAUAUUCAUUUUAAAAAUACAAUUGUGAGUUGUGUUGGCAUUAAAACUGUACUUAAAAAAACACACACAGAAAUUUAAGGGGAAAACUCAAGGCGUUUUGCUUCGAUAUAUUCCGUGUAAUGUUUUAUUGCAUUGAUAAUGUUUCUGUUGAAGAAACCGUUAUACUUGAAUUCAGGUCAGUUUCAGUAUUUUUCAAAUAUUUUUUUAAAACUGAAUUGCAAUUGUGCCAAGCGAAUAUAAUGAAUUAAGUUUGUUUUUGAAUUCACCUCUUGUAUAUUUUGCUGCAUGUAAAGUAAAUCAUUUUGUAUUUGAAGUGUGACAAGCUUUACCUUUGAACUCUGAAGUGCUUUUUCUAUCUGUGGCUGGGGCAAAGGGAAUGAUUUGUCUUUUAAUUUGUACAAUGAGCAAAGGUAUUGCCCAUGUAAGUCAUGAUUCUGCUAUCCACAAAUGGGUUUUGACAUUCCUGUUUUGCAUAUCUUGUGUUUGCCUUCAUGUCACACCCCCCACCCUGUUUUUCCAAAAUCAUCUCUUAGGUAUAUUCGUGCCCCAUCUUUAUCCAAUCUUCACUCUAUUCAUUGUGCUGCGGUUAUCUGGGGUGAUCCUUCUCCAAGAACAGCCCUUCACCAUGAGGGAUAGUGAAGCAUUCUGCCCACUUCUUUUGUCACUGGCUGGCAUCAGUGUCCCGCACAGUCCAAGUGGCUGACUUUUCCAUUCAUUACCACAGCACAAACUUCCCUCAUUCCUCUCCCCAGCAAAGUGACUGAGUGGAUGGAGCUCAAGUUGGGCUGUCGGGGGGAAGGGGCAGCCCAGCCUCACUUCUGGCAACUGCUUACCCAACUGCCAACAGCAGAGGCUAGAGAAAGGAGCUGAGUGGAACCCUGGCCUGACCAAAGUCACCUCUCUGGCAUGCUCAUUUCUCUAUCCUUUCCUCGCUCUAAACCAAGAUUUCCUCCAGAAUCACCUACUGUGCUUGGCAGAAUGGAAAGGGGACUCAGCCAAGGGAGCUUAUGAUGACAGUAGAAAUGGGUUUUGUGGGGGCAUCUCUUAUGUCCAUUGAUACCCAGAGCCAAUAGCUGUGUCCUUCACAUGUAUUUCGGCAAUGAUGGUUGAAAAGACAUCAGCUUAGGAAAAAUAGGAUGCAACCAUUCACCCAGAAUUUACCUAUUGAUUCUUUUCUAGUCCCAGGAUCCCCUUGGCCUGUUUUGGCACAUGUAUGAGUGCAUUUAGAAUAUGGCAGAGUUUGUUACCCCGUGAGGCUGAGUCGUACUUUCAUGGACUGGGUCAUGAAAAAAUGGAGAAAUAUGCCAGAUAUCCCCAGGUGACAUAUGGUCUGCAGUUUCUUCUUUCUUUCUUUCCUUUUUUUUUUUUUUAGAGG